UCAAUGCCCGAGGAGGACGCAAACUCGGUAUCGAGCCACGAUGACGGCUCCAGCGCCGACGAAACCACGCCUGCCGUUGCCUCGUCGUCGCAGAACGGCUCAACGGGCGCGUCAAGCAAGAAGCGCAAGCGGACCAAGUACCAGAAGACGUCAUGCGAGCUCUGCAAGGCGCGCAAGGUUAAGUGUGACCGCGCUGAGCCAGCAUGCUCAUGGUGUGCGCGGCAUAAUCGGACCUGCGUCUAUCUAGAGAGGCAGAAACCGGGCAGCCGCAUCGGCUUCAGCCUGGAGCUCGAGGCCAAGGUCAACCGCAUCGAUGCGUUGCUGCAGAGCCUGGGGCGGCGCGUCGAAGAGCACAUUGCCAACGACCAUCUGGCCGUUUCGCAGGCUCAGGGGCUAUCGCCAGCUCUCAGCAACCACUUGCCAUCACCAGCUGACCCCUAUCAUCAAGAUGGCUCAAGACUUGGCCACGUGGGAGCUGCCAGGAGCACUCCAACGGCGAGGCCAAGCCUUGUAGCCCCUGCGUGGGAUGCAAAUGGCGGCGACAUCCACCAAGACGGCCGGAUGCCAUCUCAUGCUAAUUCAAACUCAUCCGCGGUAAACAACUCUUAUGCUCAGACUUAUCCGUCCUCCAGCUUUUCAGCGUCUCGAAGAGGCCCCUCAUCUAUAUCCGCGGCCGUUAAUGACUUUCCCCCUCACGACAUCGUCUACACCAUUGUCGACCUCUACUUCAAACACUGCAACCCCUGGUGUCCAAUCUUAGACCGCAAAACCAUAUUCGGCAUCUUCUUCGGGUCGACUUCUUUGAACGAGCCAGAUCGUGUGCUUUUGCACGCCAUCGUAGCAACAACGUUGAGGUUUUUAAAAGAUCCUCGCCUGUCUCCUGAAAUGAGGGCCCAUCACCAUGCUGUGUCAAGACAAGUCGUCCAGAUGUACGCAAUGGAAAAUGUGAGCGUUGCGGCACUCAGGGCUCUAGUCAUUCUCAGUUUGGACGAGCUGGGUACCUCAAAUGGACCCAAGGGAUGGAACCUUCUCUCUCUUCUAGCGCAAAACGUCAAACAGCUCGGGCUUUGCGAAGAAAGCAGCGUCUACCUGUCAGUCCAGUCUGACAACCUACCACACACGGGGUCGAUACGAAGAGUUGCUGCUGGGCGGCCGGAUUCGUGGAUUGAAGAUGAAGGCCGCCGGCGAAUAUGCUGGAUGGUAUAUCUACUUGAUCGAUAUGCCACAAUAGCGACUACGACGUUUGAUUUCAUGCUGGAAGAUAGAAAAAUGCAGAGGGUUCUUCCAUGUUCCUACGACCUGUUUUCUAGAGACGUUCCUGUUGAGACGCGCUCCUGGAUUUCGUCGUCUCAGCCAUAUGGCACUACAGGAUAUGCAACUAAUAAACCGGAGAACCUGGGCAGCUUCUCCUACCACUGUGAAAUCCUGAGGAUACUCAGCAAAGUGCACAACUUCCUCAAGACGCCCGUCGAUAUUACGUCUUCUGCUGAUGUGGCAAGCUGGCGAAACACCUACCGCUCAUUAGACGGCGCACUCGAUGGCUGGCUGAGGAGUUUGCCAAGCGACUACAGCAAAAUCUCCGCCCUCUGCCACUCUGAUCCUGGUAGUCGAGUAGCAAACUGGUUCAUGUUGCAUGGCGCCUACGUCACGUCCGUUGUACGGCUGCAUUCUUCGGCGGCGUAUCCGACUGUCAGGUCACAUCUCUUCGUCCCGUCGUAUUACGCCAUGCAACGAUGUUUGUCCGCGGUUCAGAGCUUGGCAGAUAUUGCACGAGACGUUUUUGAAGCCAGCGGCUUAGAUAAUCUCGGCCCUCCAUUCGUCUUUGGUCUCUGGGUUGCCGCCAGGUUGCUUCUUGUCCACGCAGCCUCAAUAGGCUGCCCAGUCGAUCCCAAGAUUGAAUUCUUCAUCGAGAUUCUUGGCCACAUUGGGCAAUAUUGGGAAGUAGCCAAUAACUACGCCAAAAUUCUGUCCAGAGCUGUCCAGAGAGGGCGGCAAGGAGAUAUGAACUUUACAGCCAUGCGCAGGAGCGCUCACGAUCUAGCAACUCUGACCUCUUCGAUGAGGCAAUCAGGGUCAGAGCCGACGUCAACGCAAGUCACUUCCCUAAGCGAGCUCGAUAAUAUCGACAUUUUCGACUUCUUCAACUACCCCAAGUUGCAGGAGCCAAGGACGGGGAACGGCCAAGCAUGGCAAACUCAGGGCGUUAAUGGGCUGACAGGGGAAUCCAUGAGGAUGCCAGAUCCAGAGUCGGACUGGCUAGGAUACAAUUCGCAAUUU